UUGAGGCGGCAACAACUUGCAGUUAACGGCAAGACCAGCAGCAGCAAUAGUACAAAUACAAACGUGCGGCUUACAGUGUGCGSUUUUUGUGAGAAAGUAGCGAAAUAAGUGCAAAAUAAAAAGUUCAUAAUUAUUAAAAAGUGUUGCCAUUGCAAAGUGCCGAAGUAGCGACAAGACCAGCAAACCAAAUGAAAUCAUUUUUGUUUUUUGUUUUGUGGAAAGAAAGUUAAGUGAAACGAACAGCACAAGAGCGCAGCUGCGGAAGCAACGAAAAUCGAAUGCAAAAACAAACGCACUUCCAGUGUAAAACAACAAAAACCWUUCCACAAGCAGCAAUAAAGCGUUAAUUCACAACAACAAUAAGCAAUCGGUGUAUUAUAAAAACUGUCUUUAGUUGUUGUAGCGAUUUCGGUCGGUGAUUACGGUCGACAUUUAAUCUUUACGARCGGCCGCGAGUAAAAGUGAUUUUGUUAUUGAACGCAACGCACGUCGUCGUCGCCGUGGCGUAGUACUUUUCAUUUCGGUAUUCGGCUUAUUUCAUUUUCAUAUAUUUGACAACGUCACUUAACUGUAAACUGCAAAGCGAACACAUUUGCGCUGAUCAGACCAACUCGCUGGUAAAUAGUUCACCAACUUUGGUUAAAAUAUUCAGCACCGGCUGCUGAGCGCGGACAAUUAUUUGCCACAUAAAGCUGCAGCAGCACGUAACAUAUCAACGAAAUGAAGCUGUUCUACAUUUUGCUGCUCACACUUCCUCUACUUGCGCACAGCUAUCCUGCAGAGAGCGAAGACAAAUCCAUCUCACUAGAAGAGGUGGAACUGCCCGAUAGCGACCAUGCGGCCUCAGGCGGCGAGUCCCAAAUACAGAAACGCUCAGGCAGUUUUGAUUACGUUGCGCAUCUGAAGUCGGGCCUUCUCUCGAGUAUUGGACAAGCCUCCGCGUCCAUAGCCUCGGGCAGUUCGGGCGGCAGUAGUGGUGGUGGCGGUGGCGAUGGCUACAAGUCAUACGAGUCGGCUCAUGGCAACUCAGUCGACUACAAUCCAUGGACAUUUAAGAAAUCUGUGCUCAACACCAUAUUCCAGGCGGUGAAAGCCAUCACUGGUGGUGUGACAGCACUCAAGGGUCAGUUAAUUAAGGGUAGCGGUUAUGCAUUAAGCGCUAGUGGUAAUCUGGUUGCCUCCUCUGGCGACAAAGUGACCGAUGUUGGCAAAGCAAUCAUCAAUUCGGCGCAAAUAAAUUCACAUGGCUAUGGUGGUGGUGCCUCGGUGCAUCCCUUCGCCAAGUUCAGCUCUUUUUCGGGUGCUUCGUCGGGCGGCAGCAGCGGCGGCAAUAAACAUCCAGGACCGCCUGUGGUGCACACAGAGACGAUUACUACAUACGAAAUUCCACCCGGCCAUAGCAACUACGGUCCACCCUCGAAGCCGCCAACCUACAGCUCAGCAACGCAUCAAUACUUGCCACCAGCGGCGGGCGGUUACAGCGGCGGCGGAGCGCCGUUCAGCAGCGGACAUGCGGCAUUCGAAGCGCCGGCCAGCAAUUACCUGCCAACCGGCUACUCCAACGAUGGACACAACGAUGAUUUCAACAUUUACGGACGCCACCAGAAACUUAGCGAAGCKGACACGCGCAAAGCCGCCGCACAACUGCAGGAAAUCCUGAGCCUCCUACCGAGYGGCAAAACGGAAUUCACCGCCUCAAAGACCGUCGUGUUGGACACACACAAUCAYGGUUCAGCACACACUGGACCUGGUGGGGACUUCAAUAAUGAGAAUGUUGAUCUGCACACCUACGGUCUGCCCAAUGAUUUGGGACCGCUGGAGUCGCUGUCACACACUGAGUCGAUAACCGCUGCGUAUGCGAAACGACCACAGAAUCCCUCCGAUAUUUAUCGCCAAAUGGCGAAGAAACAAACAGCGGAAGAGAUCUACAUACAGAAACAUCCCAAUGAGGGCUACGAUUACCGGCCGACAAGCCCACCRCCCACUGGCGGCAAUGCUCAACAAGAUGGCGGUUACAARUACAACAACUAUCAUGCAACAAACAGCGCGCUGAAAGAUCUAACGCCCAUUAUAGCCGCACUAGAAGUGGCAAAGCGACGAGGUUCYACACAAAACGAUGUGUCCAAACACUUCACGGUGGAGAAGAGCAUAUAUAAAGUUGCGCCACAGUCUGCACCCAAGUCCAACAAUCAAUUCAAGCAUCUACCAGCUUCGGUGCAGAAGACGAAACACAUAUACUUCGAUCCGGCGCAAAGUAAGGCCGACACUGAAUAUCAGCCAACCUAUGUGCCGCCUCCSCCAUCAGCACCGUCAGUCUCCUCCAUCGGCGCAGCAGCGCCACCACCGCCRCCACCAUCAUCACCGCAAGCCGCAGCRCCUGCGCCGUCAAGCAGCUACGUCGCGCACCACACCUCAUCGUACAACCCUCAGCACCAGCUCUCGCACCCGGUUUAUCAUGCGCCGGCUGCGCCUGCGGCACCUUACAAGGUGCGUCGUCAAGUGCCGAGCUCUUCGGUUACGGCGCUGAAGGUGCACACCAAGACGGGGCCAUACUUCAAGCAACACGACUACGAAAUACAUGAUCCRCUCAUGUUCAAUCGCAUGUUAUCCUUCUGAGUCCAGCGCGCCAGSGUGGUUCGCAAAAACAUUUCGAUUUCCAUUUUAUGUAUAUUUAUUUAGUAAGACAAAAUAUUUAUUUUCACUUAAAUUAGAAGCAUAGUACUGUGAGUGAAUACAUUUUAUUAAAAGAGAGAAAAACGUCGAAAAAUAUUUAGUCAGUCACUAGCUCUAAGCCUAAUGGAAUAAGAAGUCAUUUGUUACUCAAAAUAAAGUUUCCAACUUAUUAAUUUUAAUGCUAAAAUACAAAACUAAAUAUAUUUACAAAAAUGUUAAAGAAAAUUCUAAAAUUA